UAAAGGCUCGCUGUAGUGGAUGACAGCUAUCCGGCGCCGAGAGACCGAUAGACACUCAAACGAACAAGCCAUGGCGGCCACGGGUGGAGGGAAAAUUAGAAGCAGAAGAUAUCAUAUUGCCUCCAAACCUUACGCCAAGAGCAAACAGCAGCCAGGCCUCAUCAAUCGAGUGACCAACACGGUGAAGAGCAUCGUUCCGUCCUGGCUACAGAAGUACUUUAAGGGCGAGGAACCUGCCGAGGAGGGGGGCGCCCUACAGGGUUUGGAGGAGGACAGCCAGACCCUCCCACCCAACGGCAAUGAGGAGGGCCCACCACCCCACGACGGCUGGGACUCCCCAGAGCCCAGCACCAGUCACACAGAGCCUUCAACCAGCAGGGCCUCGCUGAACUUGCAGGACAAUGUCCUGUCACGGCCCCCGUUGAAUCGUUCCCACCCCCUCCACUUUCCCCUGCCGGAGGCCUCCUCCCCCCUCCUAGGGCCCCCCAGCAGCCUCUUCCCUCCGCCCUCCACCUCCGCAGCCCCCGGGCCCUUCACCACGGGCUUCUCCCUGGUGAAGGAGAUCAAGGACAACCUCUCCCAGCACGAAGAUGAUAACAUCUCCACCACUAGCGGCUUCUCCUCCCGAGCCUCCGAAAAAGAUGUACCCGCCUCCAAAAUGGUGUCGGGGCCUCGCCUCUGGUCCCCAGAGUCGGACAGGACACACUCCGGGCUCCCUGCCUCCCAGUCCAGUCUCAAGAAGCCCGCCUUUAACCUUUCUCUGUUUGGCACUUCCUCCAACUCCACGUUGAACAGCACAGUGCUCAACUCGAGCCAGCUGGGGGACUCUCCCUUCUACCCGGGGAAGACCACCUACGGCGGGGCCGCUGCAGCCAGAAGCCUGCGCACGCGCCCCAGCACACCAUAUCAGGCGCCGGUGAGGAGGCAGAUCAAGGCCCGGCCCGCCGGAGCGGCGCCCUGCGGGGUGACGAGCGGCACGGCCCGGCGCAUCCUGCAGUCCCUGGAGCGCAUGUCCAGUCCUCUGGCCGACGCAAAGAGAAUCCCCUCUGCAGCCUCUUCCCCAAUGUCAGCGUCAAUGGACGGUACAAAUCUAGACUACUCACACUUCCAGGCCAAAAAGAAACGGCUGGAGCCCUCCCUCCCCCCAGUGCAGAAGAUGUUUGUCCCGACAGCCGCCGCGGUAUCAGGGAACCGCUCCGUUUCCUUCAGGCCCUCUCUCACCCCCGGAGGCUCGGGCCGGUUCCUGGACAGGACCUCCAGAGACACGCCCACCAUGCAAUCAUCACACUUGCCUGAUGCAAGCCCGGGUCCUUCUCAAAGCACAACCAACUGUAGCAGACCAGACUACCCUCUGUCCAGCACCCCUGCAGCAAGCGUCACAGCGGCCGGGGGAGGGGGCAAGAUGAAGAGGGAGAGGACCACCACCCGGCCCUCCUCCAAACGCCCUGACGACGACGAGGUGGCCGAGGUGCUCGACCUGCCAGCCAUCUCCCUCCCGAUCAGCGCCUUCAGCCUGCCCACCUUCAGCUUCUCCACCCUGCCCCUCACCACCACCGCAAAGCCCCGGCCUAGCGUCGCGACCCCGUCCCCAGCCAAGGAAACUGUAGCAGAAAAGGAACCUGCUGUGUCUUCAAGCCCCCCCUGUCUACCGUUCACCUUCGCCUCUCCCAUCGUCAAGGCGACCGCUGCUAGCCCCCCCUCCUUCACCCCCUCUGCUGGAUUUACCUUCAGUGCACCUGUAGCAAAAAUGGGUUCGUCCAUGUCAAAUGGAGAGCUGGCCAUACCCAUGAAGGCAGCAGGUUUCUCUACUCCCACGGUAAGGGGGUGGGGGGGACUUAAUUCAAGCAAUAAGAGCACAGAGGACUCUGACGGACCCUUCAAACCAGCCAAGACCCUGAAGCAGGGCAGCGUUCUGGACCUCCUCAAAUCACCUGGCUUCGCCUCUCCCGUCACCUCGACUUCCCCCAGUGCCAACAGUGCUCCUCUGUCGAGCUCCACGGUCUCCCCCUCGCCCGCCCUCUCCUCCUCCUCCUCCUCCGCUGGCUUCGGCAACAUGUUCCAGCCCGCGCCGGGCUCCUGGAGCUGUGACGUCUGCAUGGUGCAGAACAAACAGUCUGACGCCAAGUGUGUUGCUUGUGGAACACAACUGCCCAAAUCCGCCUCCUCCACCACCACCACCACCACCACCUCCUCCUCCUCCUCCUCUUUCUCCUCCUCGUCCUGCUUCAAACCAUUAAACUCUACCGCCACCGAGAACAACAAGACCGCCCCCAAGGCCGCGGUGGGCUUCGGCGCGAUGUUCGCCCGGCCCGCGGGCAUGUGGGACUGCGACACGUGUCUGGUCCAGAACAAGGCGGAGGCGGUGAAGUGCGUGGCGUGCGACACGACCAAGCCGGGCACGGGGGUCAAGGCCCCGCUGACGCUGCCGUCGGCCUUCGCUCCCGUGGCGCCCGAGGCCUCCCCCGCCGCGCCGUCCCCGACGGCCCUCCCCUCUUUUGGGGACAUGUUCAAGAAGCCGGAGGGCACGUGGCAGUGUGACACGUGCAUGGUGGACAACAAGGCGCAGGACACAAAGUGUGUGGCCUGCAUGACCUCCAAGCCUGGAGCGUCAGCUGCCCCCCCAGCGUCGGCCUCUGCCCCGGCCAGCACCAGUGCUCCAGCGCUGGGCUUCGGGGACAUGUUCAAGAAGCCCGAGGGGGCCUGGGACUGUGAUGUGUGCUGCGUUCAGAACAAGGGGGCAGACCUGACGUGUGUCGCCUGCCAGACGGCCAAGCCGGGGGCCGUGGUGGAACCCAAAGGUUUCAGUUCUUCGUUCGGCUCGUCGGGAGCUGCGUUCGGCACCUCGGGCUCCGGGGGUUUCAAGUUCGGUACGUCGGCGGCGUCGGACUCCCUCCCCGCUGACACCGCGGGCUUCAAGUUUGGGGCCGCCCUCUCCGACUCCGCCUCCUCGUCGUCCACCGGAGGUUUUAAGUUCGGAACCUCUACGUCGGAGACCCCUUCGAAAGACACUAGCGCCUCGUUGGGGUUCAAAUUCGGCAGCGCCACGGAGGGCUUUAAGUUUGGCACCGCCGCCGUCACUGACUCGACCGCCACGGACAGCAAGCAGCCCGAGUCCAGCUCUGGAGGGCCCGGCUUCAAGUUCGGAGACAGCAGCGGGACGCUAUUCGGGGCCGGGGCGUCCAGCGCCGAGGCCAAGACCCCCAACGUCAGGUUCUCCUUCGGACUCUCAAAACCCGACGAGACGACGACGACGGCGGCGACUGCCGGCGCGUCCGCCCCCUCCGUGACUUUCACCCUCCCCACGACCGCCGCAGAGAACACGUCAUCCACUGACGGCGCCUCGCUGAAGACCGCCGGCUCCGUCUUCGGGAGGCUGGGCGGGCCGCUCACGAGCGCCGCCUCCUCCUCGCCCACGCCCAGCUUCGGCGCCGCCGUCUCCACAGAGAAGGAGGCGGCCGCUCCCGCCGCGUUCAGCUUCGGGAAGCCCGAGGAGAAGGAGCCGGCCGGCUUCAUGUUCGGCGCGGCCAGUAAAGGAAGCGACGCCACCAUGAUGUCCCCGCCAGCCGAGAUGGGGGGCUUCUCCUUCAACACACCCCUCGCCGCCGCCAAGGAGCAGGCGCCCCCGCCCCCGUACCCCUUCGGCAAGCCGGCCGACAAGGGAGAGGUGGCGGCCGCCGAGGUCCCCAAGACGGGCUUCAGCUUUGGACAGAGCGCUGCAGAUCCCUCCGCCGCUCCCAAGCCGUUCUCCUUCAACCCGGCCCCCGUCAGCUCCUCGGCCCCGGCCCCCAGUCUCUUCGGCAGCGGCCCCGCCCAGGCACCGGCCGCCGCCGCUAGCCCGGCGCCCAGCAGCUUCAUGUUUGGCAAGGGGUCCUCGGCCCCGGCGGCGGCGUCCGGCCCGGCCACAGCCCAACCCUUCCUCUUCGGGGCCCCCGCCAGCGCAGCGCCUCCCGCCGCCAACCCCCCCGGCUUCUCGUUCGGCGAGGUGGUGCCGGCUCACGGCCUAUCUGCAGCCCCCUCCUCCACGUCCUCUCCGUUCGUCUUCAGCUCGGCCCCGUCCUCAGGGUUCGGGGCGGGCCAGGCUCCGCCCUCCGCGGGGGCUUUCGGAGCCGCGCAGGCCGCCCCCGCCUUCGGCUCCACUUUCGGCUCUCCGGCCCCUUCGCCCUUCUCGGGCCCCGCUGCCAAGGCCCCGGCCUUCGGGGCCAAGCCCAACGCGGCCCCGGUCUUCGGCCAGCAGGCCAACUCCACGCCGGUGUUCGGAGCGGUGCCCAACCCGACCCAGCCAGGGUUCCAGUUUGGCGGCGCCACUCCGUUUGGAGCCCCCGCCAACAACACGGGGGUGUUUGCCUUCGGAGGUGGCGCCCCCCCGGCCCUUUCCGCCGCCCCCUCCGCGGCCCCCCAGCAGACGGCUCAAGCAGGGUUCACCUUCUCCCAGCCGCCCGCGUUCAACAUCGGGUCGGCCAAGACCUUCACAGCGACCCCCGCUGGCCAGGCGCCCAUCGCCGGGCGCAAGAUCAAGACGGCGGUACGGCGCAGGAAGUGAACCCCCACCUGCCCCACCUCCUCCUCGCCCUCGCUUCCCGCAACCUGGACUCGAAUUAGACUUGACCUUUGACCUUUAGAAUCCAACCUGAAAGGCUGACCGAUGUCCUGGACGCUCUCCACCAGCCCCCCCCCUCCCCCUCCCCUCCCCUGCUCCAGGGCGUGGCAUGUGAGGGAACCCCCCUGGACGGGAGGCGUCUCCUCCCCUAAGGGCUAGACGGUCAUCGCAGGGCUGGACUAGGGGCUUCACCUCAGAGUAGACCAGGUGGCCUGGUUGGUGAAGGUGACCCUCUUAAACGAUACGGAUUAAGACCUGUGAUCAGAAUCGACAACAUGAUGACAACAGAGACGACUCCCGAGACGCGAUCGAGUAAAGAAACCUUUGCUUGGCAUUUGAAACAAACAAACCCAAGACUGUCAUCUCUCUAUUUUCUGUCUGUCUGCUAGACUUUAGGCAUGAC